UACUUGAGCAAUCUUUUAGAAAUUCAUACUAUCAAAGUAAAUUGUUGCACUGUUAGUUUUAGUAAUAUAUUUUCGUUGUUAACUGCACGGAUUUUGUGCAACGUAAUAAUCAAGCAUAUGUAACUGUGCAGCGGCUCCACGAGUCGCCCACCCCGACAGCCCCCUGAAAACCUGAGCUUCAACCGAAAGCCAAACUAAAGCCAAAACGAUCGUGGCUCAAUGUCCAAAGCGGCGACUCUCGUGGUCGGGUUAAACCAAUAAAAUCGUUGCGCAGACGCAGCUAUUCAGUUGAAUUUUGGACUCGAGAGACUGCGGAUCGAAGCUCCAGCUGGGCAUUUGGAUUUCUGACAAAAACCUCGCAUAGAAACACCACGACGAUGGCGCAAUCUCACAAGAUGCAUAUUCUACUGCCGCUCUUGGCCGUGAUGCACUGCAUCUGCGCCACGCCCAUAGCGCCGGCCACGCCCGACGGCGCCACGCCCAUCGACGCCCGCGUCUCGGCCGCCGACUUUGGUGCCCAGGAUGCCUUCGAUGCCGCCGACAGUUCCGCGGAAGCCACCCAUGCGCAGGCCAGCGAGGCCGGAUUCAAGAUCUCACUCCUGCCGACUCCGGCCAAGACGGCGGAAUCGGUGAAUCUGGAGCAGGAGGCCAUUCCCUCGAAGGUGCUCAGCGUGUACGACAACAGCCAAAAGAAGCUGGCCGAAUUGGCGCAGCCCGUUCCCAUUUUGGACUCCAUCAGUGAGCACGAGAAGUACGGCAACAACGGCGACAUGUUCGACGGCAUUUCGCGCUCCAUUGUCAACGGCUAUGAGGCCUUCUCCAACCUGCUCAACACCUUCAUUCAGAAGCCCAAAGAGUUGGCGCGCAGCGUGACUAAGGGGAUUACGGCUCAAUUGGAUGUCAUCGGUGGCAAAUUGGUGGGUCUUUGAAGGCGCCAACCAACCAACCACCCAUUCACCCAACCAACCCCAGUGAAACUGCAC